CGAAACUUCUUAUUCACUGUCAUUACGAUGGAAAACAAACGUAAUUAUGGUGACAGUGUAGUGCACGUUUUGCAAGAGUUGACCAGCGAGGAUAAAAAAUAUGCGGAGGAAAAUUUAAACGAAACUGAUGAAAAUAGAGGGAAUGCCGUCGCAGAAAUUAGAGGCUGGAUGAAGGACGAAAUGUGCAUACUAAUCGAUGAUUUCCUCAUCCUGCGAUUCUUGAGAGUUUGCAAGUUUAACCUCGAGAAAACUAAGAUCAGGAUACGAAAUUAUUAUAAGCAGCGAUCUGACUUGCCGGAAUGGUACAUGAAUAAGGAUCCAUUUCAACCGGAAUUAAAGGAGCUGCUUGAUAUGGGGUUGGUUUUGCCUCUGCGGAAACUGGAUAGUAGAGGAAGAUUGGUUUUCAUAGUACGCGUUACUCGAAGUGAUCCGACAAUACACAAACUAUUUGACUUAAUUAAGAACUAACGAUGAAGAAUAACGCCAUAGCAUCUGUAUAUGGUUUCGUUGCGUUC